AUGGCCAACAAAGCUGAUGAAGUUGUUGGAGAUGUACAACAAUAUGACGCCGAGCCGAGUAAAUCGAUCAUGGACUCGGGGUCUACCCAAAUUGGCCUUGGAGACCUCAUGGCCCUCGAUGGAGUUGACCAAGCCUUGAAUUCAAAGAUGAAUCUUGUGAACGAUGCAAUCGAUACAAUCGGAUUCACCACAUACCACACUAAGUUGUUUUUCCUCAAUGGAUUCGGCUACGCUGUCGACUCCUUACUUCUCUUCCUCAUGAGCAUAUCCGCGGACCAAGUCGUAGCACAGUACCCUCCGAGUUUCACAAGAGGAGCACAAGUAGGCUUCUAUCUGGCCUUACUAGCAGGAGCUCUAUUUUGGGGUAGUACCGCAGAUAUCAUUGGCCGAAAGUGGGCUUUCAAUUUUUCCCUGCUAUUCAGUGCUAUCUUUGCUAUCACUGCCGGUGCUGCUCCCAACUACCCAGCAUGGGCAAUCAUGGUCGCACUUUCGGCCUUUGGCUCAGGCGGAAAUCUGGUGCUCGAUACAACAGUUUUCUUGGAGUAUCUCCCAUCGAACAAGCAGUGGCUUCUUACCUUGCUGGCUGGGUGGUGGGGAGUUGGUCAAACGGUGGCUGGUCUUAUUGGCUGGGGCUUCAUGGCCAAUUAUAGCUGUCCCACUGACGGAUCUGUCCCAUGCACCAACGCAAAUAACAUGGGCUGGAGAUACGUUUUCUACACCAGCGGAGCACUUGUUUUCAUCAUGAGUAUCGCCCGAGUCCUCGUCAUCCGUUUCCACGAGACGCCGAAAUUCCUCCUAUGCCAAGGCCGAGAUGAAGAUGUCGUGAAAACACUUCAGGAUCUCGCUCAGAAACACAAUCGAGCUUGUCACCUUACACUAGAACAGCUGCAAGCCCACGGCCAAAUCCACAGCUCACACGCCAAGAAUAGGGCGUCGUUCUCUGAGCUAGCCGUUCAUGUGAAAGGUCUGUUCGUCACAAAAACCCUAGCUUUCUCGACAAGUCUGGUUUGGGUUUCCUGGGCUCUAAUCGGACUGGGCUAUGCAUUGUACUACGUCUACCUACCAGAAUAUCUCGCAUCUCGGGGUGCAUCCACUGGAUCUGACUCGACUUACAUUACGUGGCGAAAUUAUGCUAUUACCAAUCUGUGCGCUAUACCGGGUCCUAUCAUUGCAGGUUAUAUGUGUGAAAUGCCUAUCUUUGGACGAAAGAGAACUAUGGUUAUUGGGGCCUUCCUUACUAUGAUCUUCUUCUUUGGAUAUACAGCGGUGAAAACAGGGGCACAGAACUUGGGCUUUUCAUGUGCCAUCUCCGUUUCAAUCAAUAUCUAUUAUGCGACUCUGUACGCGUAUACUGUUGAGGUCCUGCCCUCUGCGCAUCGUGGUACUGGAAACGGUAUUGCGGUUUCUCUUAACCGGUUGAUGGGUACGGUCUCUGCGCUCAUUGGUGCAUUUACUUCAACGGCCUCCUCUGUCCCGAUCUAUGUUUGUGCUGCUAUGCUGGGGAUGGGUGGUAUUAUUGCCAUCAUAUUUCCCUUUGAGACACGUGGAAAGAAGACAAUCUAG